AUGUAAAUCAGUUCAAAUAUUUCAGCCAUUAUCAAUAACUUCUAGAAUUCAUCAUACUUCAUAAAAGCUCUUGACCAUAGUGAUAUUCCAGAAGUUAAAAACCUUUUAAAAUCUCAUAAUCACCCUGUGAGUGAGCAUAAUUUAGGAUUAAUUAUAAGGGAUAUGUAAAGAGAAAGUCCUGAUACAUUUUAUUUAGUUGUAUAUGACAAGAUCUCAAAAUAGUUAAUUGGUAUGAGCAAUUUAUGGUAUGAAAGAAAGUAUACAAGAGGUUUAUGCACUCUAUUACAUAUUGGAUAGAUAUUUGUAUCGUUGACAGUACCUCCAACCCUAGCAGCUGAUGUUGAAUAUUUCCUAGUAGAUAGCUUAACAUAGUUAGGAAUGAAAAUGAGAGAUUGUUAUAAAUCUACUAUGCACAUUCACUCAGAUAGAUCAGCUAGAUAUAAAUAAAUAAAUUACGAAAAAAGCGAAGUUCAUAUGACUCUCUACCACUAUGUCAAGCCAAAAUAGAGUCUUUGA